GGACGACGCCAUGACGGAGACGGCCACCGACGCCCCUGGCACUACCACCGCCCCCGUGCGCGCCGAGCCCGUGCUCUUCCUGCUCUACACCAGGGCGCACCCGCUGACGCCCGUGGUGCUGCGCAACGACUCCCUGGAGGGGUCCGACUUCGACGUGGCGCGCAGCACCGUCUUCGUGCUCCACGGCUUCACCGGCGACUCGGCCUCCGACUCCGUCACCCUCGUGCGCGACGCGCUGCUGUGGGCGGAGGAGGCAAACGUGGUGGCGGUGGACUGGGCACCGCUGGCCGCCGGCCCCAAGUACGCAGAGGCCGUGGCCAACACGCGCACGGUGGCGCGUGCGCUGGCGGGCCGCGUGGCGGCGCUGGCGGCGGCGGGCCUGCCGCUGGCGCAGGUGCACCUGCUGGGCUUCAGCCUGGGCGCGCA